AAUGGAUUCUUGAAUUCAGUUAAGAUAUCAUUCAUCUAAAAUUAAAACAACUUAACCGAAAAUCACAUAGAAUCAGAUUUAAUAAACAAUAUAUGAUACCAUCUGCAACUUAUAAAUACUAAUCGAUAACUAUUCCUCACUCAAAAUUAUAACGAUAUCGUUAUCAUGAAUUCGCUAACUGCUCUCUCAUUCCUCUUUCCCCUGUUUCUAUUAUCAUUUCUGACAGGUGUAAUACAUAAAUUUUCAAUUUCACGUUAGAUAAUUCACAUUUCAUACGAGAUAAUUCACAUUUAUAUUCAAUUAUAAAAUUUUGUUAUACUAUGUUCAGGAUAUCAAGGAGUUGAAGGCCUUCCAAUUCGCCACCCAUGGCCUCGAUACCGUCAUCCGUGGCCCCCAUAUCGCAGCAAGCUACCAGUAAUUGGUCGUGGCCACUUUUUUCGCCCAAUGCGCCCGACAAAGCUUUUUGUAUUCGGUGACUCGUACGCUGACACUGGGAAUAAAAAUAUUACCGAAGGCAGAGCUUGGAAGUUUCCUUAUGGAAUCAGCUUCCCUGGCAGGCCUACCGGACGUUUCUCUGACGGAAUCCUCCUUACCGAUUAUAUUGCGAGGUUCCUUAUGUUGAAGACACCGGUGACAUAUCACUGGAGUAAAUUUGGGUCCCGAUACCUGAACAGUAGGAUAGGGAUGAAUUUUGCUUACGGAGGGACUGGCGUGUACAACACAUCAGAUAAUGAUCCGAACAUGACGGAUCAAAUCAACUUCUUUGAGCAGCAGAUCAAAGACCAUCUCUAUUCACCUGCUGAUCUAAACUCAUCGUUGGCUCUUGUCACCCUUUCCGGAAAUGACUACUCCAACUUUCAAGAAAAGAAUCCUGACGGGGAUAUAUUGGGAUUUCAAUUCAACUUGACGAACCAACUAAAGGCGGAUCUGAAGCGAAUUCAUGAUCUUGGGGUGAAGAAGGUGGCUGUGGCGACUCUCCAACCCGUGGGUUGUCUCCCGACGGUCACCGUCUCCAACGACUACAAGAAAUGCAAUGACAGUAUCGAAAUGCUUGUCUCAUUCCACAAUUACUACGUUACUACUGCAGUGGCCGAUCUGAACAACCAGACCAACAGUAAUUCUAGUUUCGUUGUCCUUGACCUUCACAACGGUUUCAUGUCGGUGCUCACUAAUGGCACAGGAUUUCCGAAGUUCGAGGAUCCGAUGAAGCCGUGCUGCAUGGGUGUAAGCAGCGAGUACAAUUGCGGGGACAUGGAUAAGAAUGGAACAAGACUGUACACGAUGUGCAGGAAUCCAAGGGAAUAUUUCUUCUGGGACUCGGUCCACCCGACUCAAGCGGGAUGGCGCGCCGUUUACACGACCAUGCUCCCGAUUCUUCGGAAAAUCCUCUUCUUUUAGUUGCAGCUUUGGAUUCUUAGGCCCUUGGUUUUAUUAGUCUGAACUUUGCGUGGUGCAUCCUUCAUCUGGGCGUUCCAUGAUUUCUUUUAUGUCGAAUUUAACUGAUCAUUCAGAUUUGAUCAGUUUUUGCUCUUAUUUAUAUAUUUGGUAGUUUACUUUCCA